UCAAACUGUCCAGUCCUGGAGGAUAGCAGAGGAGAAACACACACACCACGCUCUUUUACAAGAGGUUCUGGAAAACUGAGAGAGAAAGAGAGAGAAAGAGAGAGAGAAGGAGAGAAAGAGAGAGAGAAAGAGAGAGAAAGAGAGAGAGAAGGAGAGAGGAAGAGAAAGAGAAGGAGAGAGAAAGAGAGAGAGAAGGAGAGAGGAAGAGAGAGAGAAGGAGAGAAAGAGAGAGAGAAGGAGAGAGAAAGAGUCGCGGAACCUUUAGGACCUUUCGGUUUCUACUGAACCGUCCCACACCCUUCAGAGGUCAAUGCUUUGCUUUGGGCAUUCUGCUUGUCUUACCUCCGUCUCUUUCAGUUUCUCUGAACACUGUUGCUUUUUAAAACCUUUAGCCUUUUCCUCGUUGUCUGUGUCGAGAACCACAAAAGAACACAGACAGAAGUUAACACAACAACAACAACAACUAAACAGGAGUUUGUUUAAGCUGGAAUGAAUAUAUCUGAGUCUAGUUACUGUCGUGAGGCCAGUUCUCCACCAGGCCGGGAAGGAGCCGGGGGGCAUCCAUGGGUCUCUUCCCCCAGCCCAGGCUCUGAUCGUGGGCUAGGACCCUUCGACCAGACCCCCCUUUAUGGAGGAUCUGGAGAUCGUGGCUCUGCUGGGGGCCGCACAGAGGCCAGGAUAGGGGCCGGAGCUGAACCAGGGACAGGGGCAGGAAGCCCUGACUCGACCCACCCAGAAGCACCUUCCCUGGGCAGCGUUGAGGGGAAAGAAGGGGGUGAGUCGAGGAUCCGUCGGCCAAUGAACGCCUUCAUGGUUUGGGCUAAAGACGAGAGGAAACGACUGGCUGUUCAGAACCCAGACCUCCACAAUGCUGUCCUCAGCAAGAUGCUGGGCCAGUCGUGGAAGGCCCUGACUACUCUGGACAAGCGUCCCUUCGUUGAGGAGGCCGAGAGACUCCGCCUCCAGCAUCUGACGGACCACCCCAACUACAAGUACCGCCCCCGUCGCAAGAAACAGGCCAAAAAGCUCAAACGGGUGGAACCGGGGCUACUGCUCCACAGCCUAGCCCAGGGAGGGUCAGGGGUUCCUGGGGUAGGGGAGGGCUACGGACACCCUCUGAACGGUUAUGGACAUCCUCAUCCACACCACCACCUUCUGCCUCCACUAGGCCACUUCAGGGACCUCCACACUGGGGACACACUGAGCUACGGACUGCCCACACCGGAGAUGUCCCCUCUGGAUGUGAUGGAGGAGGGGGGUGGGGACGGAGGGGUGUUCUUUCCCCCUCACAUGCAGGAGGACGUGGAGCUACAUGGCACCUGGAGUAACUACCACCAUCACCACCACUAUAACAGCCAUCACCAUGACGCCCAUAGCCAUCCUCACAGCCACAGUCAGGGUCAGGGUCAUAGUCAGGGUCAGGGGCAUAGUCAGGGUCAGGGGCAUAGUCAGGGUCAGGGUCAUAGUCAGGGUCAGGGUCAUAGUCAGGGUCAGGGGCAUAGUCAGGGUCAGCAGGGUCAUAGUCAGGGUCAGGGUCAGGGUCAUAGUCAGGGUCAUAGUCAGGGUCAGGGGCAAAGUCAGGGUCAUAGUCAGGGUCAUAGUCAGGGGCAAAGUCAGGGUCAUAGUCAGGGUCAUAGUCAGGGUCAUAGUCAGGGUCAUAGUCAGGGUCAGGGGCAAAGGGGUCAUACUCACCAUCUUAACCAGAGCCAGAGGGGCUCCCUGCUCUGUCGUCCUCCCCAGGAGAAAGGCCUCACCCAGGUUCCCGAGCCUACGAACUCUCCCAGUCCUUACUCUUACCCCCAGGGCUCCUCUAUAAGCCUGUCUGAGCCAGUCAAUCCCCUCCAGUCCACCAGUAGUUCCUCUGUGUCCUCUGGUUACUAUGGUUACCUGUACAAUAACGCUGGACUAGACACCCCCCAGGCCUCUCACCUGGGGCAGCUCUCUCCCCCUCCCGAGUCCUCCUCUUCCUCGCUGGUCCCCACCUCCAACCCUAAACCUCAGGCCCUGGACUCCGUAGAUCAGGCUGGGUCCAACCACGUAGGCCUGACGUCAGUUGAGUUCUGGACAGAAGUGGACCGCAAUGAGUUUGACCAGUACCUCAGUGCUAACCGGACUCGUAUGGAGGGGUACGGGAGUAACCUCAUUCCCGUUUCUAAAUCCAUGGAGGGGUAUGGUAGUGUCCCCGUGUCGAAAGCUCUGGAGGGGUAUACCAACGCACCCCUCUCUAAACCACUAGGGAGGAUCUGUGAGGAGAGCCCGAGUAGUCCACUCAUCUCUGCUCUCGCUGAUGCCAGCAGUGCUGUCUACUACGGUACCUGUAUUACUGGGUAGACACCUUCCUGACUGCUGUUAGUCAUUGGCUGUGUGCCAGAGUCUAGUAUGGUCUUAGGGCAGCCUACAAGACCUGUUGGUCAAAUAAACAUGUUAAACAUACUGUAAUACUGGAGUGGGACUUGGUGUAAAUUGCACUAUGGAAUAGACCACAGAAGUGCAAACACUAAAUUAAGGCAAGUACACCUAAAAAGAAAAUGUAAAUAGAAAAGCAUUGGAUUGGUGUACUUGACCCGGGUCUGCAGUUGACCUCGAAGGACAUUCAGGGUAGGAUUACUGCAAUGCAUUAUGGUCUACCAACAGACCACUGCAGACCACUACAGAACACUAAAGACUACUGAGCUCUUCUACUUACUGUCCAGACAGGCAGAACAUUUAUAAUGAUAAACUUUUUUCAUUUUUAUACAGUAUUCCUAAUUUCAUGUUGUUUGUUUUUAUUUGUGUAGAUUUUCAUUGAAUUAUUUCGAUGAAAAACGGUUUUAUUUGCACUGGGUCACAAACACACGUAUAGGAAGACCACCACGUUCCAAAUCUUUCUAAUGCAAUAUGUAUUUUACAAAUGAAAGACUAGGAUUAUUGUUUCUGUACAAUGUGAAUUUAUGAGGUCUGCAAUGUUAGGAGACUUUGUUUUCAUUUUUUUUUGUUGUUUCGCUUUUAAGGUUUUAAUUUGUUCGAUUUACAUCAAAACACUUGUUUGUAUUUAAAUAUCCGUCACCACACGUAAAAAAAAAAGAAAAGGGGAAUCUGGGAUUUAGGAUGUCCAUUUUAGGACAUUUACAUGAAUGAUAUAUAGCCGGUUUGACCACUUUCUUGUUGUUUGAAUCCCAGAAUGCCUCUUUAAGAACCACGUUGAUAAAAAAGGUAAAAACUACUUUUGGUUAAAAUAAACAAUAAACAUUUUUUUUUACAGUUAGGAAUAAAACAAACACAACAGUUGCUCUGCACUUAAAUCAAGCAGGCAAAACAAAAGCAUUAUUUCAUGAAGUAUUUCAUUGUAAAUACAACAUUGCUUUGACACAUAGACAUUUUUUUUCUCUCAAUGUUAAACUUUCGAUUGUUGUUUCUUUAUUUGAAGAGGGCUUUUUGUAAAUGAAUAUAUUGCGUUUUAAAAUAAUUUUACCAAAAACAUAAAUAAAGUUAUUUCUAA